AUGCCGACCCGAUCGGUUCGGUCUACUUUCCUCGGACCAAGUUCUGCUUCUUCUGUCACCACACACUCACCUGCGGGCCUAGAAUCCCCAGCGUUUGAUUUCGGGUACGAUCCUGAACACGAAUUUUGGAUGCGCCAGGCCAGGCAGAGUCCCAUGGUCACACAUCCCAACAUGGGAGUUUCGAAACAGGAGGCUAUUUGCUUCUUCCUCCAAUCGCACGCCAUUCCUGGAAACCUUCUGAUAACGGACAUUUUGACCAAUUUUCUCAUGGAAUCUAGUGGGUCACUAGGUCAGCUGGCUAUACAAUCCAGCAUCGUGGCGGUUGCCAGCGCCAUGUUAUCGCGUGUUCGACGAGUCGCAUCGCUGAGUCAAGCUGCGCAUCAGGAAUAUGGAUCUGCGCUUAAACUAGUCAAUCAGGCGCUUGCCGAUGCCGACGAGGCUAAGACUAACCAGACACUUGGUGCGGUUGUUCUUCUAGCCUUGUAUGAAAUCAUAAGUUGUCUCCAGCGCGAUGUGCUUGUCCCCAGCUCUCUAUUGGAAUGUACCAAACUCGACAUGAUCCCUGCGAUAAAGAAUGCUAUUGGCACUAAAAUUAUCAUAAUAAUCGGCAAUCUGUCGAAUCUUCGUGCAAACAUUCACACGCAAGCAUUGACCGAUCCCCAAGAGAUCCUCAGUGCGGCCUGUGCUAUCGAAGCAGACCUCAUCGCCUGGCUAGCCGCUCUACCACCGGACUUCACAUAUAGUAGCCAUACACUCAUGCCACUGGACUGUUCUUUCGAGCGCCGCUGUCACGGAAUUAGACCCUACAACAACGAAUAUCACGUCUACCCAGACAUCUGGGCGUCUAAUUGCUGGAACCACUACCGUUGCGCCCGCGUUAUUGUCAGUGAACUUAUAUUAUCACAAGUCCACAAGCUAUCCAACAGCUCGCCUACCUCUUUAUCCGAAGAUUUUCGUUUAUACAGCAAGUCUCUACGCUCCACCACCCGUCGCCUAGGUGCCGACAUCUGCCGCAGUUCCCCUUUUCAUCUGGGUGCCUGCAACUUAGAGGUGCUUCCAGAAAGGCCUAUGCUUCCACCAGAGAGCUAUCUCGGCGGCCUCAUGCUGCUUUGGCCAUUAUUCAUCGCUGGCAUGGUUGAGGGGCCAACUCAUCCACAGCGCCAGUGGGUAAUCAAGUGUCUUCACACUAUAGGGAACACGUUUGGGCUAGCACAAGCGCUAGCACUGAUGGACCUUCUCAUUGUGGACCCGGGAAUGUUCCAUUCUGUGGAAACAUAUGGCGAAGCGGCUGAUAUGGCGGCUGGGCAUUCGGAAGUACUUCCGUUCUCCAUCUUCCAUGUGCCGUAUUAUAAUCUACAUGCUUUGAAGGAGUAUCGAGAACUUCAGGCAACUUCAACGUGA